UCUUGUUUCUACACGUUGGGCAUUGCAUCAAAUCUGCGCGCGUGCAUCGGCGCGCACUUUUUUUUUCCGCGUCGCGAAUGGAUUGAACCGAAAGUAGCCUGCCUGCGCCUCGUUUGCGCGAAUUCACCUGCCAUUCUCGCACUCGUCAGUUACGUUGCGCUUUUAAGGGCGACGGGUGAGGCGAGAAUCGGCCUUCUCCACUGCUUUGUUUACACUCAGAGUUCUUCUACCAUCGCCGAAAAGGACCCAACAUCGAAAAAACAAACCUGGCAGGUAUGCUGAGACAUGGCCGGAAAGUUGAUGCGGUAUUCCUCUCUUUUGACGAGGUGUCCUGAUACCAGGUCUGCCGACAUGGCAGGCAUGACUACUGGCAUCUGUGGAGUGUCUUACGGGCGCUACAACUACAUCAUGAAACAGCUGCAUGGCAUGCAGAGGUACUCUCUGGCACUCCCGAGAAGCUUCAUGCAGAGGCGGGCCAUGGCAACCAUACUUAGCACGAAUGACGUUGCUCCAGUGACUGUGUCAAAGAUCAAAAAGGUGCUGAAGGACAACGCAGUUGGAUUUGACGAAGGAUACACCUGUUUAAAGAUCACGUGCCCCAUCUGUCAGCACGAUCCUUCUAUCGCUGAGGUUCACAAGAGUUUGUCUCCAACAGCGUUUAUCAAUGUCAGAACAGGCCUCUUCACAUGCUAUAAUUGCCAUGUAGUGACCAGUUGGCGGAAUCUUCAGGACUGCUUUGCAAUUGAGAAAACUCCAGAGCUCAGGGAACGGCUAGCAGCCGACUGCCAUGCCUUUCCUAACGAGCAAGAAGCGAGGGAUCUGCAGUCUCUGUACGAGUCUUCCACACGGUUAGCAGACACAGAGUCGUCACUGCUGCAACAGAUAAUUAGCAGGUUUGGCCUACAGAGGAUACACCCGGUAACGAUGAGUGCAAUGGACGUCCGCCUGUCUGAAGACAAGUCCAGUAUACUGUUCCCCAUUUACGGACCAACGAAAAAGCUGGUAGCACUGAAGUCCAUAGAAAUGACGGAGGAGCUUGAAGCAACAAACAUUUUCCCCAGGCCGGCAGUUGUGGGCCUGUUUGGUUGGCACAGGAUCAAGAGGGGCCACCAGGAGCUCAUUCUGACUGCAUCCGAGAAAGAUGCCCUGGCUGUUGUACAGGAGACCAAUCUUCCGGUAGCAUCUCUUCUAUCAGGAACUUCAAACCUGCCUCUAGAGUUUGUGCUUCCAUUGUUUGAGCAAUUUGACAAGAUCACCCUUUGGUUUGGAAACCGUCUCCAAGACUGGGAAUCCGUGAAGGUCUUUGCAAGGAAGCUUUCCGAGAAGAGGUGCUAUUACGUCAGGCCUAAGGAAGGUUACCCGCUGGCAGCACUGCAGGCAAAGCCACAGAGUCGGCUUCCAGAUGUGCUGAAGCGGUGUCAGCCAGUCAGCCACCGAGCCAUCACAACGUUCCACAGCCUGCGAGCUGCGGUAGCAGACCUCCUACAAAACGUGGACACAUUCAUGGGCGUACCCUGGCAGAGGUUUCCUGGGCUCGUGCGCCUACUCAAAGGUUUUCGGACGGGUGAGCUAACAGUAUUUACAGGACCUACCGGUUCGGGCAAGACCACAUUUAUGUGCGAGUACUCUUUGGACCUUUGCAUGCAAGGGGUCAACACUCUCUGGGGAAGCUUUGAAAUUCAGAAUGAAAAGCUAGCCAAAAUUAUGCUAACCCAGUUUGCCAAAAUGUCGCUGGAGAACAAUAUGGAGGAAUUCGACUCGUGGGCCGACAAAUUUGAGCUUCUACCUCUGUACUUCAUGACUUUUCACGGGGAAGAGUCUAUGAAAAAUGUUAUGGAUGCUAUGGCCCACGCUGUGUAUGUGCACGACAUUCAGCAUGUGGUGGUAGACAAUGUGCAGUUCAUGAUGGGUGUUGGCAUGGACAACUCCAACGUUGAUCGUUUUUGGAGGCAGGACCUCUUGAUUGCCUCUUUUCGGCGAUUUGCCACCCAGCACAACUGUCACGUGACACUGGUCAUGCAUCCACGUAAGGAAAAAGACUCCGAGGAGCUCAGCACCAGUUCGAUCUUCGGCGGGGCCAAGGCAAGCCAAGAGGCCGACAAUGUGCUCAUUCUCCAGGACCGGAGACUCGCAUCUCCGCAUGGACGCAAGCAUUUGCAGGUGACCAAAAACAGAUUUGACGGAGACAUCGGUUCGGUGCCACUUGAAUUCAACAAGGAGACGCUCACCUUUUCUGAGAGCACGUCACCAUUCAAGAAGCCGACAGAACGAACGCCAAAAAGUGCCUCUUUCCACACCGGUCUUCCACCACCCAGAUGAAUUUUUCUUGUAGCAGUCGGGUACGUUGCAUCGAGCGUUACGGUCGGUCCCUGGAGUUUACGUUUCGUAUCUCACCAGUUUUUUUUUCACGGUUUUACCU